AUGAGCCAACUUUUCGAUUCUGCAACGAAUCUCUUCCCCAACUCAAUCCAUGUCCGCUCCAUUCCAAUUCAAAGUUUCUGGUCACACAACGGCCUCGUCUCCGCGUCCCCACAUUCUUUACAAGUUCGACUUCGAGCACAACGGCACCCGCCACACUGUUCUGAAGCGUUCGCUGCCUUUCAUAAUGCGAUCGGCGCUGGUCCUGGCGCCCCCGAAUUGCCUCCCAAGAGGCUGCUCACCACGCUGUUUAUACCUUCUGCAUGGGUUGACGACGCUUUGAUCGCAGAACGCAAGGAAGGACUCGAGCGCUAUCUCAAUCAACUUUCGAAAACCUCAGAGCAUAUACCUGCUAUCCUGGAGUUUCUGAAUGCGGACACGACCGCGCUCCAUCUACAAGCCUUCCAACUUGAAGACGCUCUUCCGUCCACUCUGUCGAGAACGACCUUCGAAGCGCUGACCGCUGGUGCUCCCGUGCCUGAUGCUAAGAGCUUCCAAGCAGCCGCAUACUACCCUUCGUGGUCUUCUGACGCAUAUAUUCCUGAAAAACUCGACUAUUCUAGAUUCGAUAUCUUAUUCUUUGGUAUGGUCCCUGGAUUGGCUGUCUUUUCUACAUCAAGACUCAAAUCACCUGCAGCAUUUGCAAUUCCAAACACUUCAUCUGCGUUAACUUGGUCGCCCGAGGACCAGUCUUUAUUGAAACGGCUUGUCGCAGCGGCUAAGAAGAGCGGAAAGGGAACCAAGAUCGUACUUUCUGUAGGCAAGUCGGCCCACUCGCUAAUCGCAUCCGAGCGCAGCACUCAUAUUGCCAGGGGCACAGCCAACCGCGCCAAGUUCGUUACGAAUUUGUCCAAUGUCGUUAAAGCAUUUAGUCUGGAUGGGAUCGACAUCGAUUGGGAAUAUCCCAAUUCGGUCGGCGCCGGUAAUCCGUACGGGGCUAAGGACUCUGCAAACUUCCUCAGUCUUUUGAAGAGCCUACGUGGAUCGCUCGGACCAUCGAAGAUCAUAUCGGCCGCAGUGAUCGAUCUGCCCUGGCUGGGACCAGACGGCAAUCCCUUGACCGACUUGUCAGAGUAUGCGGCUGAGCUCACCUACGUUAAUUUGCAACCUGGCCCGAACGCACCGCUAGGAGAUCUAUGCAACGGCUCUUCUCAGCCCGAGUUCACUGCUCAAGCGGCAUUCAAGCAAUGGACCACCGCCAAGUUCCCUGCCUCGAAACUGAUGCUCGGAGUCCCGCUCUACGGUUAUGUCUACAACUCCUCCAGGACGAUGCUUGAAGGAUUUGUCGACCCGGCCGAAGAAGGCGAUGCACCUGUCAGUAACGCAACACCUGGCGCUAACAAGAAGAUCGAGCGGAUCGAACAAACCACGUCGAACCCAGUCGAGAUCAAGGCCACAGCCAAUCUGAAGCCCUGGUGGGGACAGGCGAUUCCGUUCAAUUCUCUGCUUGCCAGCGGUGCUCUUGUCAAGAAAGGCGAUGGAACCUUGGGACAAGUGCAGCUCGACCCCGCUGCUCUACAGUGUUUCGCAGAGAUCCGUGGUGGCACACGGCGUCUCUUCAGCAAAAAGCCGGAUCAAGACGACGGAGUGACCCUGCACAACGCCAUUCGCGCUGGGUUGGGCAAGUAGAAUGUCUGGUACCUAGAAUCGUUCGUGUCAUGAAUUGCAAUCGAAGUGUUCACAAUCUGUUAUCCUCUGGUGCUAAUGUGUGAUGAUAAACCCGCCCGAGCCGACCGACGAGAGAUGCAACGCUCCCGAACGCACAAAUGCUCCGCUGUCAAAUACCUGUUUCACCGUG